AUGGAUCUACCUUGUGAGGGAGAAAAUGCGUUACCACAUUUCAGAGAUGUUGCAGAGAUUGUAGAUUCAUCCUUGACAGCUAGCCCAUCAAAAAUAAACGAUCAGCUGAUUGAUGUCGACAAUGGCCUGCUUGAUUCCCUAGGCACAGAAAAGGGCGAAGAGAUACAUGAUAUUGAUCACAGUCCAGAGACACAUUUUCAAACAUACGAGAAGCUCAAAAUACAGAAGUGGAUUUCGACGAUAUUGAGUCACCCUGUGAUGACUCCGAUGCAGACUCAGACUAUGUUUCGUAUGAAUCGGCAGAAUCUUCUUCCCCCAAGUUAUCAAAUUUCGGAGAGCCCAAAGCAAAGAAGCCCGGAAAAAGAAAAAUGGAUGUAG